CCCUUGUGCACCGGUACCCGGGCUGCUGGGGCGAGCCUCGGCGAGACUGCGUCAGCUGUUCCCACAGCAGGCUGGAAGUACCUCGCCAGUACCCGGGGACCUAUGCUCUGCCUCCUGCUCGCCCCGGCGGCGCUAGCGGCUCCGACCGGUGCCGCGCUCAUCUACUGCGACCCGGUCGGUUACGAGGGCCGCUACUUCCGCGAGGCCUGCGAGGCCCGAGGCGUCCUCCUCGUGCGGCUCUGGUCCACGCCCUAUGCAGCGAUGCUGUCUGAGGACCUCGAGGACGCGGAGGAGAGAGCCGCGAUCCAACGCGGCUGCGCGCCUGCCGCCGGCGAGGAGGCUGCUUGGGCCGAGAGUGCGUUGAGCGGCAUGGCCAUCACCGGGGUGCUGUGCGGUUCCGACGCCGGCCUGGCGACGGCGGAGCGGCUGCAACACGCCCUUGUGCCGGCUCGCACCAACGGGCUCGUCCCGGCCCGCCGGGACAAGUACCUCAUGCAUGAGGCUCUACGCACUGCCGGCCUGGCGGCGGCGCGGCAGUCCGUGGCGCGGAGCUGGGAGGAGGCGCGCUCCUUCCUCUCGACGCUGCCCCCGCCGCUGCGUGUCGUCCUCAAGCCGCGGCGGGGGCACGCCGGCCUGCGGGUCGGGCUGGCGUCGAGCGAGCCGCAGGCGAGGCACAUGGUGGAGACGCUGCUGGCGGAGCGCGUCUCGCUCGACACCGAAGCGGAGGGCGGCGCCCUCUGCCAGGAGGUGCUCGAGGGCGAGGAGUGGGUUGUCGACACAGUGAGCCGCGCCGGCGAGCACAAGUGCGUCGCGCUGUGGCGGUACGGCAAGGGCGAGGCGAACGGCGCGCCCUUUGUCAACUUUUACGACGAGCUGCGGCCGUGUGCGGGCGAGGGGGAGGAGCGACUGGUCAGAUACGCACUGGCUGUGCUCGACACCCUCGGCUGGCGGUGGGGCCCAGCCCACAUCGAGGUCAAGCAGACAAGCCGCGGGCCGGUGCUGGUCGAGGUCAACGCGGGCCGCUUCAACGGCGUCGACUUUGGGCUGCUCGCCGACGUGUGCGUCGGGCACAACGCGUACGACGUGACGCUCGACGCGUACUUCGACCAGGCGGCGUGGGCGGCGCUGCCCGCUCUGCCGCCGAGGGCGCUGCGAGGAGCCGGCCGGCUGGUGAAGCUGGUCGCGAGCGAGGAGGGGGUGCUGCGCGCGGCGGCCCUCCCGCCCGCCGGGCUCGAGUCGCUCGUGCGCUGGGGCCCGGAGCCGAGUGAGCCCGGCGAGCCGGUGGCCCUCACGGUGGACAACAACUCGUGCGCCGGCUACGCGUGGCUCCUGCACGCCGACGAGGCGGUGGUGGCGGCCGAUUGCGCGGCGCUGCACGAGCUGCAGGCUGCGGGGCGGUUGUUUGACGUCGACUCGGCGUCAGGCGCGGAGAGCUGACCCGCGCUGAGACUGCUCCGGUGAGUGUGUGUGUGUGUGUGUGUGUGUGUGUGUGUGUGUGUGUGUGUGUGUGUGUGUGUGUGUGUGUGUGUGUGUGUGUGUGUGUGUGUGUGUGUGUGUGUGUGUGUGUGUGUGUGUGUGUGUUUGUGUGUGUGUGUCUCGCAGGUGAGUAACUGCCCGGCUGGGACAUCCCGGGCGGGACAAGUGUGUAGUAACCUAGUAUCAUAAGGAUAAAGAGAGAG